CAAGCCAGACAAAUAUCUAGGAUGGAUUGAUUCUUAAUUUGUUGGAACUCCACCAAAAUUCCAUACAAAGGAUGAUAUUAUUUAUAUGGGACCUAAGAUACACAUUAAUGUGUCAGCCUCCGAGUAAUCUGAACUGAAUCUCACAUCCUGUAACGAAAACGAAGGCGUGACACACUUUCCAUAUAACCUUCCAAAUCCACCCAUUUCUGAACAGUUCCAACCACUUGGUAAAUCUGAACUAGAAUUUAGUCGUGACUUCGACGGACUACAAGAGAAAAAAAAACAUUUUUAAAUGUGGAAAACCAAUAAGGAUGCCAAUCUCUGGCGGCUCCGCAGCCCUCAAUUGUCCUCCGACAUGUUAUACAACUAUCUCGCCGAGCAGGGCUUCACGUGGGGAAGCCAGUCGUCCAACUGGACAUUACACACAAUUUGGGAACCCAGAGUUAUGAGCAAGUUAAGUUUUCUUACGGAAAUGAAACCCGGUGAAGAUAUUGAAAAAUGCAAUAUCUGGAAAGUCCUCCGCGAGGGGUUUGGAACAUUCAGGACGAACUUUGACUCGUUAGUUGACCUCUCCGACAAUAUGAUAAUGGUGCGCAUCGACUGCGAAGCAUGUCCUAAAGCAACCGAACUGCCCUCAUCCCAGUGGUUGCAAGGGGCGCAAGUCUCAGAGUUCUUGAUGGACAAUGAUCUCAUCAACUUCAGAUGCACCCCAACAACUCUGGUCGCUGGUGGGGGUCUUCGAGAAAUCCUGAAGGCCUGCCUCAGAUACAACGAUCUCUUGAUCGCUGUGGGCACCGUAAAGCGCGUCGAAGCCCCACACGCUCGCAGACUCAGUUUGUUGAACUAUGAUUGUGACGACGCUGACCUCACCCUCAUCAGAGUUUCUUUCUUGCCCCCGUUGCAAGGGCAUGAUGUGAAGUUACUCGAAACAAUUACGCCCGCCGAUGGUCAACAUACCUACAAAUUUAAGUAUCGAGUUCGCUGCGGAACAUUCUUUGAGGAAAUUUCUAAGUUUGGAGUUUAUGAUCCAAAUGAAAGGACUGAAAGGGAUGAUCGUUUUCUCAUGGAGUAUAUGCCCAUUGACUGCAAUGCCAACGUUACUGCGAUAUAUAGAACAAUUGUGGAGAGGGGUAUUAAUAACAGCAAUGGUCCUGCGACUAGGCCCUACCAUCGAGUAACCUUCACUCCAGAGGACGAUGAUGCUGCGGAAGAACAAGAAGAGGAGUCGUACCGAACGUCUCCUAUCUUCACUUCAGGUGUGCCGCAUUUUAGAGGGGAACGUCAUAUUCGUGUUCCAAACGUGUCAGACUUCUGGGCAUUAGUCUUCGUCCCAUUGAUAAUUUUCUUGGCUUGCGGGCUAAUGUUUUACGGAAUUUAUUCCAUCGGUUCGGCUGGAUCUGAGGAAAUCUGUUAUUUUUCCAUAAACCAUGUUCCAGCCCCACCAAUUAAAGCUAUCGUGGUCAAGGACAUGGGUACCCUCUCCGUGAUAUACGAAAAAUCAAGGUUCAUGUGGAGGACAAUAGUGGAGAGUUUUAUGAGAAUCGUGUACUGGUUGUUUGAAAACCUCGGAUAUCGAUACAUUUCUGAAAGAUUAUUUUCCAAUACCGCACGAAUUCAUCCGAGUUGUUAAUUUAGUUUAGAAUAAUUAGAAGAAAAUCAAUAAAUAUGUUUUUCUGUUGAAUUA